GACUGACAUCUCCCCCUCACUAACUAAACUUUCCCACUCCCCAUCAUCUCAUUACAUCAAAAAAAGCCCAAUCAAAUUCAAAUACAAAUACACCUCAACGACCAAAAAAAUCCCCCCAAUUCUACAACUUCCACCUCCAGCUCCUAUCCACGCCCACCAUGACCGCACUCAGCACGACCCCAAACCGCCCCCUCAUUUCCGAAAUCCUACCGUCCCCCUUCCCCGCGCGUUCCAAAACCGCUUCGGCGAAUGUGAACGGCAUGCUUACUCAUGUUACCUGCAUGUAUUUCGCGGAUAAAAUUCUGAUUACUAUUAGUCAAGGAGGGAGAUUGGGACAAUGGGUUCAGAUCCCGCUUACUUCUGCUUCUCCUACGUCGUACGAUACCGCGAUACCGGCGUUGAAUGAAAAUGGAUAUGCGGAUGCGGAUGGGGAUGGAAAUGGAUAUGGAUAUGGAAAUAUGAUACUCCCGCUAGAACAUCUCACGCCGAGAACAUUGCUAGGGGCGGGUGGAGAGAAGAGAGAGAGAAUUGCACAUUUGUAUGCGAGUCAGAUUGGGUCGAUGGUUUUGAAACGGGAUCCCGAGGAGAGGAGGUCGGUGUUGCUGGGGUUGGGGUUGGAGAUGGAGAAGGACAAGGACAAUGACAAGGACACGGGGGGUGAGGGGGAGAGAGCGGGGUAUUUUGAUUUGUUGGAGUUGGUUUUGGAGGUUUUGUGAGAGGGGGAGAAUGGGAUCUCAAUAAAGCUGCGGUGCGGGGGCGAGGUAUGAAGUGGUAUUGUUGUAUGCGGUGGAGGGUGUAUGGAAUCCAUACAUACAUACAUACAUACAUACACAUCACACAGCAUAGAAACGCGAUGGCAAAGAAGAGCCAAAGAUCGACCAUACGCCCUUGGAUGACUUAAAGCAAGUCGACAACCGCAUGAAUACACUUCUCGAUAGGAUCUGUCUGGACAACAAGUCAUGUUUUGCUUUGAUACGAAUAUUCGAUUCUUCGACUGCCAGUUCCAUCUCUCGACUGUUAGCACCAAAAAAUAACUCUACUUUCA